AUGGCCUUCAAUUUCAUCUGCAGAGUGUUACCUGCGCUUAUUCUACUGAGCUUGCUCAGUUGCAGAGUACAAGCCCAGCUCUUAACAACGGGGUUCUACGCUCGCACUUGCCCGAACUUGCAGAGCAUAGUGAGCUCAGCCAUGGCCAAAACAGUUGCUAAUGAACCUCGCAUGGGCGCUUCCAUUCUCCGCCUCUUCUUUCAUGACUGCUUUGUUAAUGGUUGUGACGCAUCAGUUCUUCUCGACGACACCCCAACUUUUACUGGUGAAAAGAACGCCUUCCCUAAUCAAAAAUCUAUUCGAGGUUUUGAAGUGAUUGAUACGAUAAAAUCUCUUGUUGAGGCCUCCUGCAAUGCCACUGUGUCUUGUGCUGAUAUUCUCGCCCUUGCAGCUCGUGAAGGUGUUGUUCAGCUGGGAGGGCCGUCAUGGCCGGUGGCCCUCGGUCGCCGGGACUCCAUUACGGCAAGCCAAGCCGCCGCGAACAACCACCUCCCAAGCCCUGGCUCAAGCCUCUCAACACUCAUCUCUGCCUUCGCGGCGAAGAAUUUGAGCCCCAGAGACAUGACUGCCCUUUCCGGAGCGCACACCAUCGGCCAGGCCCGCUGCGCCACCUUCCGCUCCCGCAUCUACAGUGACAACAACAUAAACCCCAUCUUCGCCGCCCUUCGAAGGCUGAACUGCCCCUCUUCUGGUGGCGACGACAACUUGGCUCCGCUUGAGCUUCAAAGCCCAAACCUUUUCGGAAUCAACUAUUACCAGAACUUGGUGGGAGGUGGCGGGCUCCUGCAUUCCGACCAAGAGCUGUUCAACAAUGGCGCUCAAGAUUCAUUGGUGAGACAGUACAGUUUAAAUCCUGUCUUGUUCUUCAAUGACUUUGCAGCAGCUAUGGUGAAGAUGGGAGCCAUUAGUCCUCUUACGGGCAACAAUGGCCAGAUCCGUUUGAACUGCAGGAAGGUCAAUUAG